AUGGAAGUGGCUCCUGCAGUUGUUGGAAUUAUUUCACACUACACUCAUAAUACAGUAAGAGUGACUCCUGCAUUUGUUGAAGCUGUUUCACACUACACUCACAAUUCAGUAAGAGUAGCUCCUGCAAUUGUUGGAACUAUUUCACACUACACUCAUAAUACAUUAAGAGUGGCUCCUGCAGUUGUUGGAACCUUUUCACACUGCACUCAUAAUGGAGUAAGAGUGACUCCUGUAGUUGGUGGAGCUGUUUCACCACACAAUCAUAAUGCAGUAAGAGAGUCUCCUGCAGUUGUUAGAGCUGUUUCACCCUACACUCAUAAUGGAGUAAGAGUGACUCCUGCAGUUGGUGGAGCUGUUUCACACUACACUCAUAAUGCAGUAAGAGAGCUCCUGCAGUUGUUCAAGCUGUUUCACACUACACUCAUAAUACAAGUGGCUCCUGCAGUUGUUGGAGCUGUUUCACACUACACUCAUAAUGCAGUAAGAGUGACUCCUGCAGUUGUUGGAGCUGUUUCACACUACAUUCAUAAUGCAGGAAGAGUGGCUCCUGCAGUUGUUGGAGCUGUUUCACACUACACUCAUAAUGCAGUAAGAGUGACUCCUGCAGUUGUUGGAGCUGUUUCACACUACACUCAUAAUGCAGUAAGAGUGGCUCCUGCAGUUGUUGGAGCUGUUUCACACUGCACUCAUAAUGCAGUAAGAGUGGCUCCUGCAGUUGUUGGAGCUGUUUCACACUACACUCAUAAUGCAGUAAGAGUGGCUCCUGCAGUUGUUGGAGCUGUUUCACACUACACUCAUAAUGCAGUAGGAGUGACUCCUGCAGUUGUUGGAGCUGUUUCACACUACAUUCAUAAUGCAGUAAGAGUGACUCCUGCAGUUGGUGGAGCUGUUUCACACUACACUCAUAAUGCAGUAAGAGAGCUCCUGCAGUUGUUCAAGCUGUUUCACACUACAUUCAUUAUGCAAGUGACUCCUGCAGUUGUUGGAGCUGUUUCACACUACAUUCAUAAUGCAGUAAGAGUGGCUCCUCCAGUUGUUGGAGCUGUUUCACACUACACUCAUAAUGCAGUAAGAGUGACUCCUGCAGUUGUUGGAGCUGUUUCACACUACACUCAUAAUGCAGUAAGAGUGGCUCCUGCAGUUGUUGGAGCUGUUUCACACUACACUCAUAAUGCAGUAAGAGUGGCUCCUGCAGUUGGAGCUGUUUCACACUACACUCAUAAUACAGUAAGAGUGACUCCUGCAGUUGUUGAAGCUGUUCCACACUGCACUCAUAAUACAGUAAGAGUGACUCCUGCAGUUGUUGAAGCUGUUUCACCCUACAGACAUAAUGCAGUAAGAGUGGCUCCUGCAGUUGUUGGAGCUGUUUCACACUGCACUCAUAAUGCAGUAAGAGCAUCUCCUGCAGUUGUUGGAACUGUUUCACACUGCACUCAUAAUGCAGUAAGAGUGACUCCUGCAGUUGUUGGAGCUGUUUCACACUACACUCAUAAUGCAGUAAGAGUGGCUCCUGCAGUUGUUGGAGCUGUUUCACACUACACUCAUAAUGCAGUAAGAGUGGCUCCUGCAGUUGUUGGAGCUGUUUCACACUGCACUCAUAAUGCAGUAAGAGUGGCUCCUGCAGUUGGAGCUGUUUCACACUACUUAAGAGUGGCUCCUGCAGUUGUUGGAACUGUUUCACACUACACUCAUAAUGCAGUAAGAGUGGCUCCUGCAGUUGUUGGAGCUGUUUCACACUACAUUCAUAAUGCAGUAAGAGUGGCUCCUGCAGUUGUUGGAGCUGUUUCACACUACACUCAUAAUGCAGUAAGAGUGACUCCUCCAGUUGUUGGAACUGUUUCACACUGCACUCAUAAUGCAGUAAGAGUGGCUCCUGCAGUUGUUGGAGCUGUUUCACACUGCACUCAUAAUGCAGUAAGAGUGGCUCCUGCAGUUGGAGCUGUUUCACACUACAGUCAUAAUGCAGUAAGAGUGACUCCUGCAGUUGUUGAAGCUGUUCCACACUGCACUCAUAAUGCAGUAAGAGUGGCUCCUGCAGUUGUUGGAGCUGUUUCACACUACACUCAUAAUGCAGUAAGAGUGGCUCCUGCAGUUGUUGGAGCUGUUUCACACUACACUCAUAAUGCAGAAAGAGUGUCUCCUGCAGUUGUUGGGGCUGUUUCAUACUACAAUUAUAAUGCAGUAAGAGUGGUCCUGCAGUUGUUGGAGCUGUGUCACACUCCAUUCAUAAUGCAGAAAGAGUGUCUGCUGCAGUUGUUAAAGCUGUUUCACACUGCACUCAUAAUGCAGUAA